AUGCUAGAAUUUACUCGCAGUGAUAUGUGUGUACUUAUGUUGUCAACGACAUUUAGGGGCAAGCGAUAUUUUGUCACAUUCACGGACGAAUGCUCGCACUUUACCACGAUUUUCUUGCUGCGGAACAAGUCUGAAGUAGCCGACAAAUCUGCCGAGUUUCUUGCUUUUGCUGAAGCUCAGACAAGCAAAGUUGUCAAAGCGUUUUGUUGCGACAAUGGCGGCGAGUACAUCUUAGGUGACAUGACCAAGUUCUGCAAACGACGUGGUAUCGAGCAUAAGUUCACGCCACCUUAUACUCCGCAGCUUAACGGAGUGGCUGAACGCAUGAACCGAACUCUGGUGGAAUGUGCAAGAUGUAUGAUUGAGUACGCUGGACUGGCAAUGCCGUAUUGGGUUGAAGCAGUUAUGCCGGCUGCUUCUCUCCGCAACCGUUGCCCAACGCGAGCAUUGUCAUGGAUAAAUCACCAUACCUUGUUUGGACUGAACGAAAACCUGCGCUAA